UCAUCGGUUUUGAACUGGUAAAUUUUCCAUUUUGAAAUUUUGUUUCCAUUUGAAUAGUGGCAACCAUCCGAAGAACAUUAGAAUUUUAGUUUGAUCGCGAAAACCUUGUUAGAGAGAGUGUGUGUCUGACAAACGGAAGGAAAAAAGACCUUGCAACAGAAAACAUAUAUAAAUGGUUUACUGGUCGACUUCUUAGAAUUUUUUCUUAGCUCGGCACGUUUUGAGAGUAGCAGAGGACGGGAAAAAUCACUUCGCAUUCAGCGGACCAGCUACGCAGGACUAAAGUUAUGGACGACAAAUUACGUAAUCAAUGCAAGGAAUCCGAACUCUGGCUGCUAAUUCAAUAUGAACGACCGCAAAAUGUGUACAAUUAUGACAUCAUUCACUCAUCCAAAGUGGUGCAAAAGGACAAUAUGCAUACUGGAAAGACAAUCGAUUUUCGACUUGGAAAUUCAGUUUUGAAGGCUGUCAUAUUCAUCAUUUCAGACGAUAGAAAUUUUCUGGAAACUGAAAUGAGGGCUUUAACCAGAGCGCCUGUGGACGAUCGAAGCCAUAAGCCGGUCGAAUACAAACGAAGAAAAAGGGGAACCCCAUCGCCCAUCGAAUACAAACCGAAUGCAUCGAUAUCUCGGCUACCAUCGCCGGCCUGGAGUAACAACACAAAUGAGUCGAUGAGUUCGAAUGUGGAAAAGCAAAUAACCGCUGCACCGCCAAUGACAUUCGAUCAAGGUACCCAAACCGAGUUGAAACUGAUGUCGACCGAUGGUGGGCUGCCGAAAGAUUUGUCGAAACUUACGCAGCAACUGGAAAUGUUGCUGAUUGAAAAUCAGCAACUGAGAAAAGAGAGUCAACACACCAAGCAAAUGCUAGCCGACGUGGCCAAUAAUACGUAUGACGUAAAGGCGAUGAUGAACGACAUUCACAGAAAGUUGGAGCUCAACCACCGAGAUCCGCACAUAAUCAAUUCACAGAUGAAAGCCAACAAUGAUCCGAUUGUGCUCUAUGCCAAAUCAUCCGAUCACAUUGUCGAUCUGAACCAUGCCGAAAUCGACAACGAUAUGGCCAUCGAAACGUACGAUGUGAACAACGAAAGCAGCAACAUUUCCUAUUCGAAUUGCAGCCGCUUAUCGGCUGUGUCCAAUGCAUCCAUUUACAAUUCAACCAUGAUGGGCACCCAACAAUCGUCUUCGGCUGGCGAGUCAGCCAAUCACACACAUUCGUCCAUGGUGAAUGAUAACAAAAAUAACUGGAAAGUGAUCGACCUCGAUGAGGUAUCCGAAGAGGUGACCAUCGGUUCGAAUGGGACAAAAGUACACAAAAGUGUACUGGACACGGUGAAAUGGACGUCGCAUAGUAGCGCUACUAGGAAGUUGUUAUCGUCGCUAUUUACAAGAGAAGUUUUGGCCACGCAUUCGUUAACCGGGAAACCAUCACCAGCAUUCAUGGAUUCGACCAAGCCAACGAAAAAUCAACUGAACGCGUUAAUUAUCGGUGACAUUGUCCAGUUUGUUUCACAGCGAUGUGGCGUCACCGACACUGCUGUUCGCAGCGCCAUCACCACCAAAUGUGCCGAUGAAAAUAAGAUGUUCCGUCAGCGGAUGGAAAAGAAGCGCAAGGUUUUACAUUCCAUGGAAAAUUCAAACAACAAGGAAAACAGUGACGUCGACGUGAAAAUGAUGUCGCACAAUUCAACUUUGUAAUAGUUAUAAGUGAAAAAUUGAACAAAGCCAAUUUAUUAUUAUAUUUAAAGAGUGUGAGCGCACAGUGCGUACCACACACCACAAACUUUACAAUUUAAUAAAAAGAACAAAGUUACCACAUUUUA